AUGUCGGGUGAGGCAGACGGACUGUUCAAACGGGUGCUGGUGCCGAUUCUCUUACCUGAGAAACGCUAUGACCAACUUUCCGUCCACUGGGACUUGCUUCACGUUCCCUGCCUCAAGAUUCUCCUCAGCAAAGGUCUUGGGCUGGGCAUCGUGGCUGGAUCACUUUUGGUAAAGCUGCCCCAGAUAUUUAAAAUCUUGGGCGCCAAGAGUGCAGAAGGACUGAGUCUCCAGUCAGUAAUGCUGGAGCUGGUAGCGUUGACUGGAACUGCGGUCUACAGCAUCGCAAACAACUUCCCCUUCGGCCCUUGGGGUGAAGCACUGUUCCUGACACUUCAGACAAUUACCAUCUGCUUCCUGGUCAUGCACUACAGAGGAGAGACGGUGAAAGGAGUUGCUUUCCUUGCCUGCUAUGCGAUGCUCCUGCUGGGGCUGCUUUCCCCACUCACAACUCUGGCUGUAGUGACCAUGCUUCAGGCCUCCAAUGUACCUGCUGUGGUCAUAGGGAAGUUGCUCCAGGCAGCUACCAACUACCACAAUGGGCAUACAGGCCAGCUUUCAGCUAUCACGGUGUUUAUGCUGUUUGGGGGCUCCCUGGCCAGAAUCUUCACUUCUAUUCAGGAAACUGGAGACCCCCUCAUGGCUGGAGCCUUUGUGGUCUCUUCCCUCUGCAAUGGCCUCAUUGCUGCCCAGGUCCUCUUCUACUGGAAUGCAAAGCCUCCCCACAAGCAUAAAAAGGAGAAAUAG